AAGAAUGAAAGCCCAGCACUUCCCCUGAGGCACCAGCUUCCUUUUCAGUUUGAGGCAAGAGUAAAAUCUGCCUGAGGGUAGUAGUUUGGGAACUUCCUACUGGUUCGGAUUUCAGACAAACUUGUGCUUAAUCCUCACACCAGCACCAAAGCUCAGAGUGAGCAGGGGUGAGUUCAGAAGACGCUGGGACAGGACACUUUCCUCAACACUGGAUCAGUGUGACCUCCUGGUGGCCAGCGAGGACAGACCUCCAUCAUGGAACCCAAACCUCAGAAGAGUCCAGGCAAACAAUGUAUGUUUCAUUAUGAAAAUAAAGUCUGCAAACAUGAUUACUUUAUUAAGUCACCACCUCCUCAGCUUUUCUACUCUGCAACCUCUUGGAAAAGGCGGCUUUUCAUCCUGUCAAAAAGUGGGGAAAAGAGCUUUAAUCUUUCUUAUUACAAAGACUAUCAUCAGCGAGGUUCCAUUGAAAUUGACCAAAAUUCCAGUAUAGAAAUUGGCAUAAGUAGUGAGGAAAAGAUGCAAUCUGUGCAGAAGAUGUUUAAAUGCCACCCUGAUGAGGUGAUGUCCAUCAGAACUACUAACAGGGCAUACUACCUCAUUGGCCUUGACAGAGAGAAGAUUAAAGACUGGGUCUCCUUCAUGUCGUCGUUUUGCCGGGAUAUGAAAGCCUCACAGCAGAACACAGAGGAGGAACUCUCAUUGGGUGGUGAAAGACCUCCUUCAGACCCCAGCCCUCCCCUUGGUCCUUUUACUGCAUCAGAGGUAGUUGGCUCCAGCUCGACAAGAAACAGUCCACCAGACAUGCAUUUAACGGAAAAAAGUUCUCCAGCUCGUCUGCCACAUGAUUUCUUGUCAGAGACCACUCAAGAUACAAACAAAGAUAAUUAUUAUCUUAGUCCUCGAAGUGUUCUUUUAGAGUUGGAUAAUAUUAUUGCUUCCAGUGAGUCUGGUGAAUCUUAUGAACCUUGUGGUCCAGACCAGGUCUCUAGAAGAAUUGAAAGUCAUUACAUGUCAAUGAAGUCCUGUUUUUUCAAAGAAGCAUCCCAUGAGUCUGCAGAUUUCGGCAAAGAAGAGCCCCGGAGUCUUCCAGAGACUCAGGAUGGGGGACUUCACUUGCAAGAACAAGGCUCCGGAAGUGAUUUGUGUCUUUCACCUGCCAAAACGGAAGUGCAGACCACAAAUGAUAAAAAGGGGUCGGCCUCACUAACUGUUGUGCAAUUGUCUAUCUUGAUCAAUAACAUCUCUGAUGAAAGCCAAGUGGAGAAAUUGAAUGUGUUCCUUUCUUCUUCUGAUGUCAUAGACUACCUUGCUCUCACAGAAGCUGCAGGACGGAUAUGUGUGUCUCAGUGGAAAGGCCCUGCAAGGCUGGGAUGCUUAUUUUGCCACGGAGAUCAUCUUUUGGCGGUGAAUGGCCUGAAGCCCCAGAACAUGGAGGAGGUCAACUUGUUUCUCACCAGGUCCAUCCAGAAGGAGAAAGUAAAACUCACCAUCGGGAGGAUCCCAAAUUCAGAGACAUUCCAUGCUGUACCCUGCACAUGCUCCUUAAAACAACAAGGUGUUGCAUUUUCUCAAGUAGAUCAGUCUGGUCUGGACAGAGCACCAAAGAGGAGUCCAGCCGUUAGAAAAAACCAGAAUAAAGAGACUAGAGAGUAA